GGCUGCGCACGCGACGCGCCACACGCGGCCUGGCGACCACUCGCGACGAACGCCGCCGCGGAAAAAAGAAAAUCACUUUUAAAAUUCGAACAUUCCUCGACGACACGAAUUUCGACUCAUUCCAAUUUCAAAUUUCAGUGACUGUGCUUGUUCGAACAGAAACGAAUAUGAAGGUCUUCGUGUUUUUCGCUGUACUAGCGUGCGCCUACGCCGCCGAAGAGACAAAGAAGGAAGAUGCGGCCGACCCCGCGCUGAACAAGGACAAACGACAGACGCAGGAGGACACCGCUCAGACACACUACGUCUACAGGAGCGCCAGGAAACAGCAGGAACAGGUGGCCCCAGUUGAAGAAUCUCAGGAGGAAGACAGAGUAGCAUCGGCAUCCAACCACGAGCAGUACCGCCCCGGCCAAGUCAUCUCUCUCACAGGCCAGGAGUUGUUAGAGCUGCAGCAGGAGAGGAAAGCCCCGGCGCUGGUGAGCGCGGCGCAGCUUCAGCAUCUGCAGCAGUAUUACCAGCAGGAGAAGAGCCAGCAGUACCAGCAGGAGAAGCAGGGGCAGCAGUUCUACCAGCAGGAGAAGCAAGGGCUGGUGCCGCAGUUCUACUAUGUGGAUCCGCAGCAGGCUAGACAGCCCGCUUCCCACACGGUGAUCGUGAGGCCUUCGUCCUCAGUGAACGGCGGGGAGGCAUCAGUGGGCGCGGCUCUGUCUGUCAGUGACUCUGGAGCCAGCCACAAUCACAAUGCUGUCACAUCCUUCGAUGACGAGCUGCUGGCGUUCCUCGGACAAGGCCAGGAUUCGAAGACUGCUGCUUACCUGACGCAAGCCCCCGCGCAACCCGUCGCCAGUGUUGCCCCUCAAUACCAGCAGAUUGACCGAUACAUCACUAAAGUGCAGCCGACUAAGAAGCCACAGUCGCCGAAACUCCGAGCGAAAGUGCACGUCAACCCACCUCAGUCCGCGACGGCUCCCCAGCAGUACCUGAUCGAAACCACAAACAACGUCCAACAGCACGUGAAGCUGCCUCAGCCCCAGCUGAAUGCCCAGCCCCAGUACAGGUUCCUGCACCCGCAGCCUCAAGCCAAACCCACGCAAACCCUCCGAUACGUCACCAUUCCACAGCCGCAAGCCAUACAACCAACGUCUUCAGUUCCUCAGUUUGCCUUCUACAGUCAGCCUGAAACUCAUCAACUUCAAGGCCACCAGAAUCAAGGACUCAAGGUAGUCGCUGCCCCCAAGCUGCAACAACCUCGCACCCAGUUGACAUACCGAUUCGUGCCCCAGUACGUCUCACAGCCACAACAGCAGCCGCUGCAAGAAGUGGCCCAGAAGCAGUUCCGAUACAUCGAGGCCCGUCCUCAAGCCACGGCCGUUCCUCAACAAGCACACAAAGAACAGGCCAGAAUCCCCGCAUCCAGCAUUGACAGGCCUGUCACUUACCUGAAGCGUUACCCUGAAUCCGAAAAGCCGCGCACUGUUAAAAUCUACGACCAGAACUACCCUGAGGGCCUGACCGUUGUCCAGAGGCCACAGCACCAACAGUUUGCCAAUGACCAGUACUACCUGAGAUCCCUCGCCCAGAGGCCGUCCGAGCCCCGUCAGCCUCAGCUCCGUUACGAAAUUCCUCAAUACUCCUUGAACAUGGAAAAGUUCGUGGAACAGCUGGCCGAGCAACAGACGUCCAAACCUCCUCACUCGUCCAUCUACGUGAGCAAGAACUUGGUACCUAAGAAGGUGGCUCACCAGCACAGCGUGAGGAUAGAGGAGCAGGUGGAAGGGACUCAACAGCCGCAGAGAGCUCAUCAAGGAGAGAAGGUCGAGCACGUGAACCUCGAGCAGCACGGGCAGAGCUUGGACGAGAGGCGCGCGCAACUGCCGCCGCCUAAGAACAACAAGGCGUAUACUCCUGAAGAGUUUGCUGCCCUGGUAGCUGCCGGGUACUCCGUGACCCCGGUGCCGGUGGGCUCGCUCGGCUCUCAGGCGGCGCAGUCCCGGUCCUCUCUCGAGACAGUCCAGGUCCCCCAACAACGGCAACCACUCAGGCGUCACCAGUACUACCCGCUAAUAAGGUCAGAAGAAGGAGACCGACCCUAAACGCACCGCCCUUUUGUAAAUAAUGUUAGAUAUGUGAAUUACUCUAAGAAAUAAAUGUGAUAAAAGAUU